GCGGCCAAGAUGGCUGCCCCCGCACUGCGCGCCGCGCGUCGGUGGUCGGGGCUGGCUCUGGGAGUGAGGUGUGCUGUCUGGAACCUUCCAGGGAUCACACAGGUGAGGUGGAGCCGCUAUGCCCCCGAAUUCAGGGACCCCUUGAUUGACAAGGAACAUUACCGCAAGCAGGUGUCGGAACUCACCGAAGAGGAGAAGUAUGACCUGGAGCUCAAGAAAACCCAGCUCAUCAAAGCUGCGGCUGCGACUGAAACGAGCUCAGUGUUCGCAGACCCUGUCAUCAGCAAAUUCACCAACAUGAUGAUGAAGGGGGGGAACAAAGUUCUGGCCCGAUCACUCAUGGCCCAGACUCUGGAAGCCGUGAAAAGGAAGCAGUUUGAAAAGUACCGUGCGGCCUCAGCAGAGGAACAGGCAACCAUUGAACGGAACCCCUACAAGAUCUUCCACGAGGCACUGAGAAACUGUGAGCCUGUGAUUGGGUUGGUGCCUAUCCUCAAAGGGGGUCAUUUCUACCAGGUCCCUGUGCCUCUGGCUGACCGACGCCGGCGCUUCCUGGCCAUGAAGUGGAUGAUCACAGAGUGCCGAGAGAACAAGCCUCGACGGAUGCUGAUGCCAGAGAAGCUGUCGCAUGAGCUGCUGGAGGCUUUUCACAACAGGGGUCCCGUGAUCAAGAGGAAGCACAAUAUGCAUAAGAUGGCUGAGGCCAACCGUGCCCUGGCCCACUACCGCUGGUGGUAGCAGGAAAGGAGAGGUGGGGAAAGGACACACUGCCACAAGAGACCACUCGAGGGGCUGGAGAGAUGGCUCAGUGGUGAAAAGCACUGCUCUUUCCAAAGGACCUGGUUUGAUUCCCAGCAGCCCGUGGAGACUCACUAACCACCUGUAACUCCCGUUCCAAAGACAACUUCUGACCGUUGUGGUAUACACAUGGUAUACAGACACAUGUGCAGACAAAACAUAUAUACACAUAUUACCACUAAUAAAAGUGAAACACUUGA